AUGUUACGGAUAUUUCGGAUUGACAAAUGUCUGGCAAAAACUUCAAAUCGCAUACUAUUAAAUGGAAGGUUUGGCUCAUUCAACCGUUCUUUGGUGAGAUUUGUAUCCACAAAACCAAAUAUUGUAACCAAAAAUGAUGGAAAAAGAUAUUCUGGCAGUACUGUUGCCCUAUACUUUACGUUAGGUUUAUUCCUUGGUACAAGUAUAAUCACAUACAAGCUUGCAAAGAAUCCGCCGGAAUUUUUGUUUCCCCAUUCAUCAACAACUAAGCUUGCAGAAAUUUCAUCUCCGAGAUAUGGCGACCCCGACAAAGUCGUCAAGGAAUUAAAGAACGUUCUAAGUGCUGAUCAAAUAAGAAGCACCAAAGAGACAUUAGAGACUCAUAGUGAUUCAUCCUUUUCUACCCACCAUGCAACCCCGGAUCAAAGGCCUGUUGCGGUGAUUUUUCCAAAUUCUACAGAAGAAGUUUCCUUGGUGUUAAAGGCAUGCCAUAAGUAUAAAGUUCCGGUCGUGCCAUAUACAGGUGGUACAUCAUUAGAAGGGCAUUACACUCCUACUAGAAAGGGUAUCAGUGUCGAUCUCUCUCGUAUGAAUAAAGUGUUAGCGGUUCACGCCGAAGACUUGGAUGUUACUGUCCAAGCUGCUGUGGGCUGGCAGACAUUGGCAAACUACUUGAAAUCAUAUAAUCUGAUGUUUGGACCAGACCCUGGUCCAGGAGCUUGCAUCGGUGGUAUGGUUGGAACAUCUUGCUCUGGAACGAAUGCUGCCAGAUGGGGUACGAUGAAAGAAAAUGUCGUGAGCCUUACUGUUGUCUUAGCUGAUGGUACAAUCAUUAAGACCAAGAAUAGACCAAGAAAGUCCGCCGCCGGUUACAACUUAAAUGGUCUAUUUAUUGGAUCUGAGGGUACAUUAGGGAUUGUUACGGAAGCUACUUUGAAGCUUAAUGUCAAGCCCAAGUAUGAGAAUGUCGCUGUGAUUUCAUUCCCAACAAUUAGUGAUGCAAGUAGCACUGUAGCACAGUUUGUUCAGCAUGGAAUUCAACUUGAUGCUAUGGAAUUGCUUGAUGACAAGAUGAUGAAGUACGUGAAUGUCAGUGGUCAAACCACUUUGAAAUACGAUGAAGCACCCACUCUUAUGUUAAAGAUCGGGGGAACUACCAAAGAGGCAGUCAAAAGUCAGAUAAAUGACGUUAAAAGAAUUUCGAAGGAAAACCACCAGAAUUCGUUUAGGUUUGCAAGUUCCGAUGCCGAAAGGGAGGAACUUUGGAAUGCAAGAAAGGUUGCAUUAUGGUCUACAAUUAAUUAUGGUCAGGAAUACAUUGACAAGGAUAUUCAGGUUUGGGCCACGGAUGUUGCCGUUCCUAUUUCAAAACUUUGCGAGUGCUUGACGGCUACAAAGAAUGAGAUGAAUGAAACUGGUGUUGCAGGUGCAAUCGUUGGUCAUGUUGGUGAUGGUAACUAUCAUGCCAUGAUUUUAUUCAAACGUGAGGAUAGACCAAAGGUUGAGAGAAUUGUUCGUCAUAUGGUUGAUGGUGCUUUGAAAGCAGAAGGAACAGUUACUGGAGAGCACGGUGUUGGUAUGGGAAAAAGAGGAUUCCUCAAGCAGGAGCUUCCACCGGACGCUAUUGAUCUUAUGAGAAAGAUCAAAUUUGCCUUGGAUCCAUAUCGUAUCUUGAACCCGGAUAAAGUCUUCAGUAUAGAUCCAAAGGAUAAAGGGGAAUAG